UUAUUACGCUGCUAAUGCUCUGUUCACUGUUCACUGUUUAGCCUUCUGCUGCCUGCUAGCUGGCGUCUGUCAAUUGAAAUCAGUCGGUUUGCCACAAUCAGCCGAAGCAAACAGCCAUUUGACGGCCAGACUAGAGUUCAGUUCGCUGCGAACGUGAGAACGGUGUGGACGUGUUACGGAAUAAACGCGAAACGUUUGUUUUCCCUACAAACACUAAACGGCAACUAACUGCAAGCUAGCUUUAGCUACAUACAAAAAGAGACUCUCACUUACAUGAAAGCAAGAGCCACACACAGACUCACGCAACAACAACAGAAACAAAAACUUCAUGGAAAAUUCGUGUUGGAAAAACCACAAAUAAGUGAUUGUCAAAAUUUUUGAAAAACAAACAUUCGUUUAAUACGAAUAAAUAUUAAAAGAAAAACACACAGCUAAAAUCAAAACAAAGCCAACAAUAACAGGAGUAAAACCAGCAGCAACAGCAAUAAAAGUCAGCCGACGCACAAAAGAAAAAAAUAAUAAUUAAGUGGAAAUAAAUUGUGGUUUGCCUUGCAACAAGCAAGAGAAGCAGAAGCAUCAGCAGCAGCGACGGCGGCAGCCAACUAACAACAUAUUGCAACUGCAGUGGAAAUUUCAAAGCAGCAAAAAAGCAAAAAGCGUUACAGCAUUCAAACGUCAGUACACUUGCGCACACACACACACUCAAACAAGGUGGUUGGACAAGUUUUUCUGCGCUCUUAAAUAGUUGUGAACAGUUGUGUAUCGCUCUUAAGUUUCAUGCAUAUAAAAGGAGCCAACAACAAGAAAAACAAAAGCUUAAAAUUGUAAAAAGGUAGCAUAUUUUACGAGAAAAGGUUUAAAUUAAAAAAAACCCCAAAAUAUCAUAGAGUGCAAAAAAGCUGCAAAGAAGUUAUUGACGCAAAACUUGCAAAUUCCUUACAAAAGUCACUUAAUCGCUAGCACCAAAAGUGGCGAAAAAUUACCCAAGUUAUAAGUCCACUCAAAAAAGGGUGAACUCGACUUAGUCGCUACUCAACAACGUCACUCCAGACUCACCACACUCCACAACGACGACGCCCCAGUCAACACUGCAAACCAGCAGCACUAGCAGCAGCAAAGUUGAAAUAUUGUGCGAGAAAUUCAAUUAAAAGUCAAAGCAGGCAAAGAAGUGAGCACAGCAACAAAUAAAGCAAUAAAAAGACGAAGGUGAUACACCAACACUUGUUGUAUGGUGUAUCAAAGCUAAGAGCACUGCAGCGGCGCACAACACAGCGCAGCAAAAGUAACAACAACCAAUCGAACAUAAUGACCUUGCCCACAACAACAACAGUAAACGGUUGUGACGACGAUUCUGAUAUCUUUGGUCCCCCACGUUCCUCGCCCAUUGGCUAUCAUCAUCAUCGCUCGCGUGUACCUAUGAUAUCGCCAAAGAUGCGCCAACGUGAGGAACGCAAACGCAUACUGCAGUUGUGCGCAAACAAGUUGGAGCAUAUCAAGGAUUCGGAGACGUGUCUGCGUCGCAGCGUGUGCAUCAAUAACACCUAUUGCCGGUUGAACGAUGAGCUGCGGCGGGAGAAGCAGUCACGCUAUCUAGCGAAUUUGCCGAGAUCCGAUGUGAAGCCAGAAAGCGCACGCGAUAACAUAUUUAAUCCCUACAACAGCUGCGGCAUUGACAACUCCAAUCAUCCGCCUUCAAAUAAAUUCGCUUGCAAUGAAAUCGUCAACCCAACGCCGAACAACAACAUUUCUCUGAACAAUUUGCGCACUCACGACGCCACCGGCAGCAGCGCUAGUGGUUUCGAUAGCAUCUUCAGCCGCGACGAAAAUAAUCUCAACUGCAACAACAACAACAACAAUAACAACAAAUUACACUCGUCCCCCAACGUCGCCAUUGCCAAUUUAGCGUCACAUAGUGACUGCACAACCGCAAGCACCACCUCUACCACCACCGCCAUCACCUCGCACAUGUCGGCCAUCCACGCUACCAUCGCCAAUAACAUCUGCUUCCCACACGCCACGCACACCACGCACUUUACUGCCACCUCCUCCGCCACUGCAACAACCAGCGCUGCCAAUUCGUCGCCCUCCUCUGCCACCACUUCUUCCUCAUACUUCGUCCCUGCUGCCAACCACACAAACUCGCGCAAACGUCAGCUAUCCAGCAGCAAUCUCGAUAAUGACCUGGAAAUACUCGAUCGUGAAUUGAGCGAAAUCAAUGCGCCAAUGCCACUAAUUGACCCAGAGAUCACCCAGGGCGCCGAGCAACUGGAGAAGGCCAUUUCGUCGCGCAAACGUCUGCGCAGCGAGGAUGAGAGUGAUCGCUUGGUGCGUGAGGCGCUUUCGCAAUUCUACAUACCACAACAACGUCUGAUAUCCGCCAUCGAAGAUUGUCCGCUCGAUGUGGUGAGCGUAGGCGGCGGCAUGGGCGUGGGUGUGGGCUUAGGUCUGGGAAUGGGUGUCGGUGUAGGCGUAGGUAUGGGCAUGGGCAUGGGCGUGGGCAUGGGACCGAUGUCAUCUAAUAAACGACAAAAAAUAAGCAACGGCAUCAAUGACCUGGAACUGGAGUUCGAUCUCAAUCAAAAUCAAAAGGAUUUUGAGGUUAUAAUGGAUGCGCUACGUUUGGGUACGCCCAGUCCCACACCAAGCGUGGACUCGUGCGGUCAGGCGGCGAUGAUGAGCGAAUCGGCCAGUGUGUUCCACAAUCUGGUGGUUACAUCGUUGGAGACAUGAAAGUAUCAGUAAAAGGCAGGCAACAUGUCACUCACUAUACGAAAGAGAGAGAUUCAAGAUUAGGCAUGGGCGAGUGAUGACGUGUCAAAGCGAGACAGGUAUAUGUGUGUACGAGUAUAUGCGGGACCUGUCAGCCUUUUCACUUUGUGAAUUUAUGCGGCUUAAAUGCAAUUUACGCAAAAACAAAAUAAGAGAAAAAAAACAAAAACAACCAACAAAAAAAGAACAAAAACACUUUUUAUAACGCAUUGUUAAGUUUAGCAAAAUGAUUGCAAAAAACAUUCUUAACUUUUAAAAAUAUGUUGAGGUGGAUGUGGAGAAGUACAUAAUUUACAAUGAAAUGAGAAAAAUUAAAAGUAGAAAUGAAAGCAUGCCGCAAAUUGGUUGCAACUAAAAGAUACAAAAAAAAUUGUAAAUCUAAGUAUGUAGCUUAAGUUUUUUCCAACAAAUAUGAUUAUUUUUUAAGCGAGCAAAUACAAAAACAAAAAUUAUAUACACAUACAUAAGCAUACAAUUAUACAAUACCGCAUACAUACAUACAUACAUAGAUAAGUUAAGCAUUGAAAAAUAACUAAAUCAAAGAAAAUGUAGUCAAGCAGAAGGCAGCAGACAUACAUACACACCUAUAGUUUGUAUGUUUGUAGAGUGAGUCAAGUGGGCGGGAAACAGAGAUCACGCAGGAAGGGGUGUGAUUUCAAAAGUAGUGAAGCGCCAAAAUUAAAAGAAAAAUCGUUAACAAAUUUUUGGUUUGGUCUUCUAUAAAUAGUAAUUUGUAAAACUUUAUUUUUUGUUUUUUGUUUUUUUCACAACUGAAAUUGCAAUAACUCACAUACAUACAUAUUUUUGCAGCUAACAUGAAUUCUGGCAGUUUUGGUUUUCACGGAAGUGAUGAUUUUACCAGUUUUUGCUAAAAUAUUUUCAUAAAAAUAUAACUACUAAAUAUUUUUCUAUACAAAUAUUUAACAAAAAAUUACCGAUAAAAAUGCCAGUUUUCUAGUCAAAUAACAAAAUAUUUUUUGAUUACAAAACAAGGUUUCACAUGACUUAUUGAAAGCGGCGAUCUAAUUAAAAACAAAAGCAAGCUCAAAAAUUAAGCAAAAAAAACACAACAGAUAACAGAUAUAAAAAAAUAUUCUAUGCUGCACGGCGAUUUUUUUUUUUUACAAUAUAAAAUUUGAAGCAUUGAAGAGGUUUAGAGCUCUCUCUCUCUCUCUCUCUCGCUCGCAUGUAAAAGCUGGGUAUCCGUUGCUUUACGCAAAAUUUGUUUUCAAUGUCCCCAAAAUGGGGCGCACGACUGUAAGCCAUUCAGCUCUGUGCAAUCUUGUACAUAUGAAAUCUGCUAUCACUUUCUGCUUAGCAUUGGCGGCCAUUUGCAUGUGGCUGUUAAAUUCCUAAUGUGCAAAUAACAGCCCUAAUCUCAUUAACACAGCUGACUUGAGAAUGGAGAAUGUGCAAAUAACAGCCCUAAUCUCAUUAAGCUGACAGCUGACUUGAGAAUGAAGAGAAAAUGCAAGGUUUCGAACAAAGUGGUUAAUGCGCAGAAAAUUACUAACUUUCAAUUAACUAUAAUUUUUAUGAAUUUCAAUUUCGAAAGACGUUUUCACGCCAAUGCAGAUUUAUAUUAUAAUUUUUCAUUUCUCUGUACUUCCAACUUUUUUAUGGAAUACUCUUAGUAAAUGUAGCGCACACUGUAAGCAAAUGUAAGGAAAAUCAGUUGCUCAGACUCAGCUGAUCUCAGCUAUGACCAAAUUUCCCAAUCAGCUGGUUGUUUUCACAUUUUUAAGACGGCGUAUUGCAUAAAAACAGACGCCAGCAAGGGAUUUCUAUUUCUGGCACCUUUUUUGUGGGCACCUCCAGCUUGACCCGGAGAUUUGUUUUUCACACUUUUUUGGUCACGUGCCGCUUAAAGGCGAAUCUUUCUCGCUGUAUUAUGUUCCUUUGCAAAGAAUACACAUAAUAUGAAUGCUAGACUGGCGUUUAUACCUCUAUUUAUGCCUACAUUUGCUGGCAGCUGAAUGCGCGCCAGCGUCUAGUGCCGCCGCGAAACUGCAGAGAGAAGCGUAGAAGCAAAUCGUGCGAAGGUAUUCCAUGACAUCUGGCGUUCUGUAAUGGAACUCCUUUUAUAAGAGGUGAAUUUUGAAAUAAAAUAAAUGUUAUAUUCUUAACAACUAAGAGAUUCUCUAUUCAGCUGAUGGCCUUUUUAGUUAUUUUUUUUUUUGCAUAUUUUUCAACUGUAAAAUGACACGAGUCGUGUAUUUUUUGUUUGUUUUUUAAUUGAAAAAAAAAAAAAAAUCGCAUGCGUCUGCAAGCAUUUUCUUUUCGUGAUUCGCCGGCGUUCUAUUGCAGAAUGCAUUUUUUAUGUAAAAAAGGUGUUAAUGAGAGCAGCAAAAAUUAAAUGGAUUUUCAGUUAAGAAGUGCAAUUAAAAUUUUUUAUGCAACAAAAAGUUAAUAUUGUAGAAAACAGCAAAGGAAUACUUAUAAAAAGUAAUACCUAGCCGAUAAUACAGCACAAAAACCGCAAAGCCUACAAAAUGUAAAAAUUAAUAAACAGAAAAAAAAAACAAAAAAA